AUCCAUCAGGUGACUUCUAAGCUCUGUCAUCGAUCUUGAGACCCUCACAGCAGCUGAAGCGCUUACUCGACGGCACACUUUAAGUGCACCUCAUGUGCGACGAUCAAGCCCAGACACUCCCAAGGCCUAAACGGUUCGAUCGGGGAAAAAUUUGCGCCAAAUGCAAUUCUGUUACAGGAAACCUCGUGGUUCGACAUUCCGUCUACUGCAAGGCUUGCCUUGUGUCCACUGUAUCCCUAAAAGUCAGGCGGGAUCUAGAUCGUGCUCUGGAAGGAUUUACCUCAGGAUCAGGAAGGGGAAAUGUUUUAAUCGGGUAUUCUGGUGGCGCCGGUUCAUCGAUGCUGGCAGACAUAGUGAGACGCGAGUAUAUAGACACGUCACUCUCCCUCGUUCAGCCAAUGAAGCGCCAGGGUUCCAAAAAGCCACCGAGUUGGCGGUCCUCUGUUUGGAAUAAUGCGUAUAUCGCUUACGUGGAUCUCUCUGCUGCGCUGGGAGGGAAGGCAGGCCUCAGUUCAAUCAUGGAACUAGCGAAGCAUUAUCCUCAAUACACGUUGGUCAGUCUGCAUGUUCAAGAUGCGUUCGAUCCGGCGUGGUGGCACCGUGUAACAGGCCAAGAACUGAGUGCUCUCUUACACCCUAGAUUUGAAGAUGAAACAAUACUAGGGUGGGAUUCGGUGCCGUUUCCCACGCCGGAUGCCGCGCUGAAGGCAUUCCUUGAUGCCUUACCCUCAUCAUCUUCAACCGUCAUGGCGCUUCGACACCUUCUUCGUGUGUUGCUCCUUUACACGGCCAAGUCAUUGGCAUGUAGCCAUGUCCUGUUGGGAGACUCGAUCAUUUCCCUAUCUACCUCAUUGCUGUCUAGCAUUGCCUCCGGCAGUGGUCAUGUGUUGCGCCAUGAACAAACCGAACAAUGGGGAGACAUCCACAUCCUUCGGCCGAUUGCUGGCCUCACUACUAAGGAAUGUGCAGCUUGGGUUCAUUGGAACAGGAUACCUCUACUGCAUGGCAUUCAUGGUCUCAAUGGGGACAGUAGUAUUCAGAAACUCUCGGCUGACUUUUUACAUGAUCUCGAGAGAGAUUUCCCUUCAACCUUGUUUACUAUUGUUAAAACCUGCAAUAAGGUUGAAUCCCUAUCCAUACCCCUAUCACCCUGCAUAUUUUGUCUAAGGCCCAGACCUGCAGGCGUGGGAACAUGGAGGUCACAUACAGCAAUCAGGUCAAGGAAACAAUGUAUAUUGGUGCCUGAAGAAGGUGAUUUAAAUUUGUGCCCUGCUUGCCAAAGAGCCAUGCUUGGUUUGGGGCAGAGAGGGGAUGUGGCAAUAGAUUGGAUCCCAUUUCCGGUAUGGGUGAAUUUCAAUCAGUCAUACCCCCAAGUGCAGGGGCAACAUGACAAGUAGAUGUCCAUCAUGAGGCCUGUAUAUGGCCAUGUAAGGAAUGGACAGGGAAGGGAUGAUGCAUGCACUGCUUUUAUUCUUUAUUCUAUAAUAAUCUUCAGACUAAACAAUGUAUAACAACUGUAUAUACAUAUAUAGUGUCUGGGGUUGGGAAAAGGGAUUCCUUGCUCUUCUCCCCCCCUGUGUCAGGGAUCAGCAAUGACCCUGGACCCUAUGCUGGCUGCGCAUAUGCGUGUGGGAAGUAUGCCGGCAAUUCCCGUCUACUCCGCUUACCUAAGCCCUGGUGGCCCAGAUCAUCUCCGGCAUUGUUCUGGAACAUUCUAUGAUCAUGUGAUUCUAUCG